UGACUACUCGUGCUACUGGACACUCUCUUGCAAGAAGGGGUGGUAACAUUAUGGCACAAGCACAGCCCUGGCCUUACACCAGCCUCACUACGCCUCCCACCAACCUGAAGGAGGCCAUUGACUGGGUCCUCAGGGUAACUGGUAGGGAUGGUAAGAAGAAUGACAAGGCGGCAGCUUCGCCGCCCAAAUUCGGCUGCCUGUGCUAUCUGGCCAAGGCAGUGAAGGACCUACUGUAUGAUGCCAGGUCCCCGGGGACCCCUGGUCCCAGUACUGAGAGGAACUGGAACGACAUACUCCUAAAGGAGGAAAAGGACAUAGUCAAGCCAGUGCUCACUGACCUGGGACUCCUUGGUGGCAGCACUGGUGCUGCCAGUAGUACUUGCGCUGGUGGUACCGAGGUCAUUGGGGCACUGAUAGACCAGUUGGCACAGGGACUACAGAAGUGGGUUGGGUGGCAGGAUAAGGGAGAUGAAUGUUGUCUUAAGGGAGCAGGUGGUGGAGUGAGUGAGGGUAUAGGAAGGAAGUGUACAUGUCCUGGUGGUGGUGGUGGUGCCGGGUGUUGUAGCAGUGCUAGUAGUGGUAGUUGUCAAUGUGCCACUGCUGCUAGUGGUACCAACCAAUGCGGUUAUAAAUCGUCCUACAAAAGACCAACUACUCCACCCGGUUCCACUACAGAUCUCUUCCUUUGGACCACCCUCUCGGACAAGCCAGAUCAGGUCCACCUCCUGGCCCGUAUUUUCCUAGGGUCAGUAUGUCUCAUCUGGAGUGGACUCAGUCAGUUGGGGUGGUUGACUAGGGUGGAAAAUGGAGAGUGGUAUAAUGAUACCCUGAGUAAUGUGAAUCAUGGUCUCGGCUCAUUCAUGGCGGCCAUGGGCUAUGACCUGGAGAGGUUGAAUCAGGGAGGUACAGGUUCCGCGAAGACAGGAACAGAUGUAGCCGAAAUGCUAACAGGGAAGGAUAAAGCAUUUCCGGAACUAAAAGAUGGUGCUACUAAGGGUAGUGUAGCUGAGUACUACAGCAGUAUCUAUGAGAAAGCAAAGGAAGUCAAGGACAAGAAAACUGAAUCCAUUUGUAAGGAGUACCCCCUAUUGGUACUCCACAUCCUGGCCAGUGGGUACUUCAGGGCAGGUAGUGCCGGGGCUAAUAAAGUGACGCCGGCGAAGCCGGCCACUACUAGUUCUGCCAGUGUCACUCCCAGCCCUAGGAAACCCAGGACCAUCCGGGAAAUCCUAUACUGGCUUAGUGCAUUGCCCUAUUGUGAUAAGUACAGAGAGCUGGUACAGAGGAUGGGAGAUAAGACGGAUCUGGUGACCAAUGGGAGCGAUGAUAAGAAUAAGAUAGUGCUUCACGGAGAAGGUGAUGGCAAAAAGACGGAUCUCCACAAGGACAAGAUUACCCACUACCUGAUGGCCGCCUGUGGCUACUGCCCACUGGUACUCAUCGGUAUCCAGGGGACCAUAGAAAGGGAAGUAGAAAAGCCGGCAUCAGGUGGUGCUCCAGCUGCUGCUCCGGAGAACAGGUGUCCUGAACAUAGUAAGGACAGAAGUAAAAGGUGUAAACUUGCCGACAAAAAGACACAAGAAGCUGCCCAGGUACCAGCAGCUCCAGCAGCUCCUGCACCUCCCGCCAACGGCAAACUCACGGAAGGCCAAGUCUGCUACGGCGGGUACCACCUGGAAGUGUCCAAGUUUGGCCCCCUCCAUGGGAUGUAUGCCAAUGGGCUAUAUGGGUUUGACCUGGGAGGCUCUGCCGCCCAGUGCCUGGACCAACUGAGGAUAUAUGUCUACCACUGCUUCUACCAGCUCUAUUUCCUAAGGAAGCAAUGCACAGUGGGAGUGGUGAAUGGGAGUGUACUGGGCUGGCAGAGUUGUAGGUAUGGCAGUGGACUUAGGUAUACUUCCAGCACUUGGUCGUGUUCUACAGGUACUACAGUAGGCGUUAAAGGAAGUGGAAACGACUGUCAGUGCAAGACGGUUGAUAGUAAAGACUCUCCACUGAUGUCAUUCCUAUGCGAUGGAAUAACUGCGUUGAAUUGUCCAAUGACAAGAGGCAAAGUUGUGGAUGAUUAUCAUCCCAUCGAAACCCACUGGACCACCAAGGAUGAUAAUCCGAAAGGUCACUUUGGAACAAAUGACCUAAAUUACCCCAAGUUAUGUCCUGUUCCCAUGGGUUGGAGCGCCGAGAGUCCUAGUAGGACUACCAGCGGUCAAAACAGAGUAAACCACUUCAAAGAUUUAAAAGACACGCACAAGACACAGCAACUGACAGGAGGCAACACUGGAAAGUAUCCUGCCCACUGCACUGGGAAUACACUGUCGCUACUCCUGGAGUACUACUGUGACCCAGAAAAGUGCCAGAGUGGCACCCUAGUGGUACUACUGAGACUACUGGCAUGUAUCACUCCCACGGUGCCACGGACGCUGGGUGACCUCUUUGGGUUCUAUUACUAUAUAGUCUACAUUGGGGGACAAAGUGCCAGUGGUGGUGGUGCUGGAGAGGGAGUGUAUGGGAAGUUGAAAGGAUUAGAAAGGGAAUCUAAACUGUACAUGCUUUCUAUUGGUGGUGACGGAGUGGUCAAGGCACUUGAGACAUACAGUGGAGAUUGCCAGACAGGCACAAAAGGAACCCUCAAAUGCCUAACAGAGUGCGAUAAAAGCACUGGCCAGUGCUGUCAAUACCUCUCUCCUUUGAGCGGCCAGCAGUAUGGCCAGUUGAGUCCCUUGAUGGCCGGGACCUACCUGUCAUGGUUGGUCUAUUUGAUAGGGGAGUUCCAGGGAGGGUUGCAAAGCCUGGAAAAGGCGUUUAAGGAUAUACAGUGCAAGGAAGAUUGUCGUACGGGUGGUAGUGGAGGUGCUGGAUGUGGCGAUGGAAAGUGCCAAGCAGGAACCCAUGGUGAUCCGUGCAGUAGUGGCAGUGCUAAUCAGGGAGUCUGUGGCUGCACCUCUGUCGUAUCAUGUACCGGGGUACUGCCGGUGUUGUACAAGUAUGGCUUUGGGUAUGGUAAUGUAACGGAGUUGCACAGCACCAAGGGUCUGAAGAAGUGUCACGAGUUCCUGAGAACACUAGAGAGUGUCCUCCAGGGUGACCACCUCAGGAAAGACGGUAAAGGCCUCCACCACGAAAUAAACCAGCUCAUCUACACCACUAGGCUGCCCUGGAUCUUUGUGCUGACCAUAGCGUGGCUCAUGGCAGUACUCUACCUUGCAUUUGGUGCCAUAUGGCCACUGGACUGGACACAUAUGAGGUCACAUUGUAGGGGAUGGUUCAGGAAGGGUAGUCUUAGUCCAUGGGAGAUCUUGAUGGUGGGUAAAAAGAAGGGGAGGGGGAUACUAGAGUUUUUUGGUGGGAGGUAGUGGCAAAGUAGUGGCGCCUUCGGCGCAACGGUGCCUCUAGGGGCAGUGGCAG